GUAAAAUAAGAAUGAUGCAGGAAUUUAGGUUGCACAGCUUCCCAAGCAGAAGUAAAGUUGAAGAUCUAGAGGAGUUGAAAGUCAAAUUUCUUUCUGAAACAAGAUCACUAGAUAUGUUGUUGAUGAUGAUGAUGAUGACCCUUGAGAUUCCAUCAUCCAGAUUCUAGAUAGUAGAAGAAGUUAAUCAGCAAGAACAUCACAAUACAACUGCUAAGAUGCAGUUAGGGAAGCUAACAGUUGUUCUGUGUUGUGUUUGGGUUGUUACCAUUUUUUAUGGUGAGAUGUUUGCAUUUUGGGUUCCUUCAUCAUCAUGCUCUUGGCCUCAACUACUACCAGCAACUACCAGUAAGGUGACCCAUGACGUUGGUGAUCAUGUGAAGGUCGCUGUUAUUACUGAUCCACAACUUAUGGACCACACCUCCCUUGCGCUUGCUCCCAAAUCACUUGCUUUGGAGAUUGCGCAAUUCUACACAGAUUUGUACAUGCGGAGAUCGUUUCUUACUUCUAUAUUGCCAUCCAAACCUGACAUCAUUUUGUUCCUUGGUGAUUAUUUUGAUGGAGGACCUCAUUUGUCAGAUGAAGAGUGGCAGAAUUCGUUGAGUCGCUUCAGGCACAUCUUUGGUCUGAACCACAGAGGAAGAUUUUCAGAUAUCCCAAAGUACUACAUUUCUGGGAAUCAUGAUACUGGCUAUUCAGCAACCCUCUCACGAAAUCCAAAGGUUCUCGAUCGUUAUGAAAAAGAAUUUGGAUCAAGAAAUUAUCACUUUACUGUUGGUGAAGUGGAGUUUAUAGCUGUUGAUAGCCAAACUCUUGAUGGGCGGAAAGAGGGAAAUCUGACUUCCACCACCUGGGAUUUUGUCAAAAAUGUUUCUUCAGAUGUUGCGGCAAAAACAAGGGUGUUGCUAACACAUAUCCCUCUGUACCGACCCGAUUGGACUCCUUGUGGGAGUCGCCGUUCAUCCCCAAUUAUCAACCAGGUUUGCAAUGGGGUCAUAAUGUUGUUGUUCAAGCGCACUCUUCUUCGUCUCAGUCAAUCAUUUCCUUCUACUGCAUUAUAUUUAUGUAAUAUUCUGUGUAUUUUACAUCUCCAGAGGGUUUCUCAUGCUUCAGACCAAGAAGUAACGUAUCAGAAUUAUCUAACUGAGGAAACAUCACGGCUUUUACUGGACCUUAUCAACCCCGUACUUGUUCUGUCUGGUCAUGAUCACGAUCAGUGUACUGUAACACACCAAACACGUCGUGGCCACAUAAAAGAGCAUACUCUAGGGACAAUAAGUUGGCAACAGGGAAAUUUGUAUCCAUCUUUUAUGCUAUUGUCUGCUACUAAGAAUCUCAUACUCUCAAAUACAUCAGAAAAUGUGGUAUCAACUCGGCUAUGUUUUCUUCCAAUGCAAACACACAUUUACAUAUGGUAUGCAUCUCUCUUCAUUCUUACAGUACUUGCGCUUCUCCUAUGGCCGACACACGGUUUGAGUGUUGGGGGUCGUUAUAUUGGUUGGUUGGGGUCCAUGUGGAAGGCAUUUAUUAGUAGUGACCUAUUUAGGGGUGCAGGUAAAGAGAAGGACGAAGAAGAUGAGAACUGUGAGUAUGAGAUGGUCUGGGAUGCAGAAGGAUCCAUGCAUCUUGUCAAGAAAGUGUUGAUAAAGUCUAACGCUGUAAGUUCAACUGACUCAGAAUCAAUGGCAAGGGGCAAUGCUGUUCUGCGACCAGUGGCAAAGAAGAACAUCUCUCAGGAGGCAUCUGUUUCUCUAGAGAUGAACAAUGCAGAUACCCACAUGGAAGAGGGAGGCAUGUCAGUUUCGCAGGGUAGAUUAAAUCAGUCGAAGAGAAAGUUGGUCUGGGGGAGAUUUGUUCGAACAUUAAGGUUCCUUUUAGCUAUUGCUGUUGUAAACUUACCUCUGUAUAUGAUGUUUCUGGCCAAAGAUUGGAUUGACUAAUAAUUGUAUUGCACGUGAGUUCAUUUACCAUUUGCACACGAGUCACUCUUAUGAGCGGUUGCAGACAAAAAUUACUUUUACAGUUUUGCUCUUUGUAAGAACUUCUGAACUGUUCAUCUCUGAAGAUUCUAAUAGCUGGCAGUGAUGAACCAGCUGCUGAUAAUGUUUUAAGUUGAGACUAGCA